ACAUGUAUAGAGAGAUGAAUAUAACAAGAGAAAAUUUUCCCAAAUCUCAGUCUCUUUUAAGUUCUUUCAUGGUAUUAAAGCAAUAGCUCGAUCCAGAAUUUUCUCUUCAAAUCAGAUCAUUUGUUUAUCAUAAUCUAAUACAAAAUGCCUGAGAAAGUUGUAACAGCUGAAACCAGUAACACUGUGAAGGCUAUCACCUUUGAUGUAGGACAUCUUUAUCAUCUUAACUCUAGUGAUGCACCAGGAAUGGCUUUAGUCAAUACAGUUUUUGAUGGGAGAGGAUACCCAAGGUGGAGGAGAUCUAUCUUUCUAUCAUUAUCUGUUAAAAGGAAAUUUGGAUUCAUCACUGGUUCAAAGAAUAUUGCUGACAGCAAAAAAUAUUCUAAAACAGCUAAGGUGCUAUUGGACAACUUGGAGUCUCCAUCACCUGCAAAAAGAGCUCUCAGGUUCAGUCCAAGGCAGCAGUGAUGUUGCAGGGUAUUUCACUAAACUCAGACGACUAUGGGAUGAAUUAGAUGCACUUCAUUUAACCAUAUGUUGUUCAUGUGUGUGUACAUGUGAAGGAAAUAAAAAAUUAACAAAAUCAUUUGAAGAUCAAAGAACAAUUCAAUUUCUAAUGGGCUUAAAUGAUGUGUAUAUUCAAGCAAUAGGUAACCCUUUACCUAGUAUGUAUAUUGUCUAUUCACUGUUGUUACAGGAUAAGAAUCAGAGAGAGGUAUAUGCUGAUGCACAAUUCUCCUCUAAUUCUGCAUCUUUCACGGUUGCUGGUCAAGGGAACAGCCUAAUGCUCAGCUUCUAGCUAAGUUUGUAGCUUUUAUUGCAUCAAGACAGGGAAGAAACAAUCAAAGGUUCAAAAAUCAACCAUUCAAAGGAGGAAAUGCAGGAAAUACAACUCACAAAUUCAAUGAUUUGUCAAACCGCAGCAGAAAUUCAAAGGAAAGAAGAAGUUUGAUCCAAAUGUCACUUGUAACUAUUGAAGAAAAAUAGGCCACACAGAAGAUAAUUGCUAUAGGCUUAUUGGGUUUCCUCAAGAUAUGGAAUUCACUAAUCCUAAAAACUAUCAGGGACAGGUUAAAGCAAAUGCAGCUAUCACACAUGAUGAGGAUGAAAAAAAUUAAUUGGACAGACAAAUGAAGUUGACUACAACAACUUCACACAACAGUAUAGCAAAGAACAACUCUCAGAGAUGGUAUAUCUGUACAAGCAAGCUAAAAUGGCACAGCCAGGACACUCAAGCAUUAAUGCUAAUGUUGUAGCUGGUACUAUUUUAAAAUAUUUAGGUUAAUUUUUGCCAGUCUCAAGCCAAGCACCUAGAUCAUUGAUUCAAGUGCUUCUGAACACAUGUGUUAUAACCCUAAUUCUUUCAUGUUUCUAAUUCCACGUUCUGUGCCUUUGAACAUUAGUUUGCCUAAUUCUUUCAAGGUAUUUGUUACUCACACAGGAAGUGUUUCCAUCUUGCCAGGUCUUGUUUUAACAAAUGUCUUACAUGUUCCAGAUUUUAAGUAAAACCUGUUAUCUGUUGAUAAACUAUGUGUUCAGCACAAAUGUGAUGAUUUAUUUACAUCUAGUGAGUGUCUAUUGCAGGGUGUUCUAAUGGAGGGUCUUCAAGCUUUUAGUGAAGUUAGAGAAGGGUUUACUUGUUGGAACCUGCUUGUUCUAAGUCUAAGAGUUUAUUUCAUGAAAAUGUAUUUUGAAUUCCAAAAGGAAGAAAUUCCAGUUAAGAGCAGUUUCAGUCAGUUUCAAUUCCUGCACAUGUUAAUGUUGUCCCUAAUGUAACUCUUUGGCAUGUAAGGUUGGGACAUCUCCUAUUUUCACCAAUGAAACAUUUAGAAGGCCCUACAAUCAAUAUGUGAUGUUUGUCCUAAAGCCAAGCAAAUUAGACUUCCUUUUCCAGUAAGUUCUAUUAAAUCUAAAAGGAAUUUUUUAUCUUA